AUGCCCACGGAUCACAAGCACGUUAUAGCACCACGAUUCAAUCUGGAUCAGGCUGAUAUGGCAAAAACAACAACUGGCCGAAAAGAAGAAAAGAAGUCGGUGAGCAGAUGGCCAGAAACUCCACAGGAACGGGCCGGAAUCAUGAUACACUAUCCGGGGAUUUCUGAAACAAAGGAACGGUAUCCUGCUCAUCCAGUCCCGGUCAGUGAAGUGUUGGACAAUCAUGGUGGGUUAUGCCAAUGCCAACCCGGUUAUCAGAUUAAUCCGCGUACGGAGAUUGUACUGCCUGGUUGGAGUAAACAACUCGAUACGGGUCCUCAGCCAGCAGAUAAGUCAGAAUAUGUGUCCAACUACCGAUGGCCAGAUGGGCGCUUGAUUCAGACAGCAUUGGGGAGUCAAUUCAAUUGGUCCAAUUAG